GCCAGGCCAAUCUCCAUUGAGCGAAAGAACACGUUGGCCAAGGAUCGCAUGUCGGUGUGGCCGCUCGUCGUGCUUCUCGCGACGAUGGCCAUGGCGACCGAGGCGCAUGGCGCUCGUCCGGCGUACAACGAGUCGCACGCGCUGCACCUCGCUCGGCUCUGCGCGGUGUCGUACUGCCAGCACGACCACGUCGACCAGUGGAACUGCUCGCCAUGCGCGUACGUGGCCAAGCCGUCGCAUCUGCACAUCAUUGCCGACGUCAAGGAGAACUUCCAGGGCAUCGUCGGGUACUCGGAGGACCACAUCGUCGUUGCGUUCCGCGGCAGCAUGGACAUCAAGAACUGGCUCGACAACCUCUCGUUUCUCAAGACGCGGCCAUGGACCGACUUGCCGGAUGUGUACGUCCACCAAGGCUUCUAUUGGGUCUACGAAAGCAUUGCCAAGCAGCUCUGGGCCGCGCUCUCGGAGCUGCGCACGGCGUACCCGCACGCGCCGAUCAUCGUGACGGGCCACUCGCUCGGCGCCGCAGUCGCGGCCAUCGCGACCGUCGACCUUGCCGCGCAGCACAACGUCUCGGUGGCGCAGCUGCUCACGUUUGGCGAGCCGCGGGUCGGAACGAAGGGCUUUGUAGCGCACUUGCUCUCGAUCAUACCGUACCUCGGGCGGGUGACCCACUGGCGCGACCUCGUGCCGCAUGUCCCGUUCCACUGGCUCGGCUACGUCCACGGCGCGCAAGAGAUCUGGUACACGGAAGACUCGAGCGUCUACACGUUCUGCGACCCAAACGACGGCGAAGACCCGCACUGCAACAACCAGUUCAAGGCCACGGCCAGCAUCGCCGACCACUUGGUCUACCUCAACAUUUCGAUGAGUCAUCUCUUGUGCUAAGCGUCGAUAAUGUGACUGCACACUAUUACUGUGGCAUACA